AUGUUGUUAAAAAGCUCUUCCCUGUCUGGGUCCAGCGCCUGCAACGUGAGCCGGACCUUCAGCCUGAACAGCUCCUACGUCGACAUCAAGAACAUCCGCAACUACGAGAACACCACGCUCUUCUACGUGUCUUCGUUCCAGUAUCUGGCGGUGGCCAUCGUCUUCUCCAAAGGAAAACCCUUCAGGCAGCCCAGCUAUAAGAACUGGCCCUUCAUGUUGUCCUGCAUCGGCCUGUACUCCUUCCUCCUCCUCAUCCUCCUCUUCCCUCUUCCAGCUAUUGACAAGUUUCUGGAGAUUGUGUGCGUCCCUCAGGAUUGGAGGCUCACGGUGGUGGUCAUCAUCAUUUCAAACACGGCGCUCUCCUUUCUGCUGGAGACUUUGGUCCUAGACGUCGUGAUGCGGAGAACCUUUUUCAGAGACGAUCACAGUCCGGCCGUGACGUCGCCCUCUGCUGGCGAGCCGCAGGAGGCCAACGGCCGCUGGGGCCCGUCCCUGCUCUCGUGGCUCUUCUGUCGACACAGACGUUCCUCCAGGCUCCGGUACCGGCAGCUGGCCCUGGAGCUGCAGGACGACCCGGACUGGCCCCCUCGUCCCGGGACCGUCCUCUACGCUGGGGGCCACACGCACAGCUCUGCCGCCCUCUGA